AUGACGUUCAUUCUCACAGAGACGGCAGCAGGCUAUGCUCUGCUUAAAGCCAAGGAUAAGAAAUUGUACAAGAGCGACAAUCUUAUCGAGGAGCUCGGUUCCGCCGACAAGGUCGUCGAUCAGUUCAAAGUCAAGGUCUUCGAAAAGUUUGAUUCGGCAGCAGAUGCUCUUGAAGAAAUCAACGCUGUCAUCGACGCCAAGGUUUCCGACCGUCUUUCACGCUUGCUUGAUACCCUGAAGGAUGAGAAGAAGGCCACUCUCGUUGUUUCCGACGCCAAGCUGGGCUCGGCCAUUAACAAACUGCCCGGUCUUUCUCUCAAGGUUGUAUCUGAUACCAACACGCUGGAGAUUUUGCGUGCCGUGCGUGAGUAUCUGCCCAGCUUGCUCCCUGGUCUGAACGAGAAGGACCUCACCACCAUGUCUCUUGGUUUGGCGCACUCUAUUGGCCGUCAUAAGCUCAAGUUCUCCGUGGACAAGGUCGACGUUAUGAUCAUUCAGGCCAUUGCUCUCCUGGACGACCUCGACAAGGAAAUCAACGUCUACGCCAUGCGUCUCAAGGAGUGGUACGGCUGGCACUUCCCCGAGAUGGGCAAGAUUGUCACCGAUAAUACCGCCUAUGCCCAGGUCAUCAAGCACAUGGGGCUGCGCACAAAGGCUGCUACCACCGACUUUUCGAGUAUUCUUCCCGAGGAUCUCGAGCAGAAACUCAAGGACGCUGCCGAGAUCUCUAUGGGUACCGAGAUCACUGAGGACGAUCUCAAAAAUAUCGAAUUUUUCGCAAACCAAGUGAUCAAGCUCUCCGCCUACCGUGAACAUUUGUCCUCCUAUUUGAAUGCCCGCAUGGCUGUUAUUACUCCUAACCUCACUGCCCUGGUUGGUGAGCUGGUUGGAGCCCGUCUUGUCGCCCAUGCAGGCUCUCUUAUCAAUCUUGCCAAGGCUCCGUCCUCCACCCUGCAGAUUCUCGGUGCUGAGAAGGCCCUUUUCCGUGCUCUUAAAACCAAGCACGACACUCCUAAAUAUGGUAUCAUCUACCAUGCUUCUCUAGUUGGCCAGGCUACUGGUAAGAACAAGGGUAAAAUUGCCCGUAUGCUUGCAGCCAAGUGCUCCGUGUCUACUCGUUUCGAUGCUCUGUCCGAAGACCGCGAUGACUUUGCCACUGUUGGUGUUGAGGAUCGGGUGAAGAUUGAGCGCCGCCUUGCCCAGCUUGAGGGCCGUGAUUUCACUCGUAUUACCGCAAACAACGUUUCUCAGCCCAAGGUUGAUCUUAAGCCUGUCGAUCAGUACAACGCCGACGCUGACGCCGUGGCAGACGUGCCUAUGGCUGCCGACUCCGACGAUGAGGACGAGGAGGAGGAGGAGGAGACUCCUAAGAAGCGCAAGCGUGAUGAUGAUGAAGAGCCCAAGAAGUCCAAGAAGGAAAAGAAAGAAAAGAAGGAGAAGAAAGAGAAGAAGGAGAAGAAAGAUAAGAAGGAUAAGAAGGAUAAGAAAGAGAAGAAGGAAAAAAAGGACAAGGCAUAG